GUUUGGUAUCCAAAUUCCAAACGCACCUUUGCUUCUCCGAGUGAUGAACUUCGAUAUUAUCCCCUUAACUCUGCAAAGACCAAGUUUUAGUCUCCAUCGCCUUUCACCUCCCUCUGCAUUUAUUUAUCGAGAAGAGAAGAAGGGAAACGCCGAAACCGGGUGCAACGAUGUCCGGCCAUCAUUUUCCCGACGAGAUCUUACUGGAUAUACUCCUCCGAUUACCGGUGAAAGCUAUCUCAAGAUUCAGGUGCGUUAGCAAAAGCAUGUGUAGUUUAUUACAAAGCCCUAAUUUCAUUCAAAUGCAUCUCAAUCGUUCUAUUGAAAACGAUAAGUUUAGUCUCUUAAUUUGCAUAAACAUUGAUGGUGAGAGCUGUGUCAAUUCCGUAGCUAGUACAAGUGACUCUUCGUUAUCAUUGUCUGAUUAUAAAGCUGUUGGAAUGGAUUAUCCAUUCGAGUAUCAGAAUCCAUUAGUUGAAAUUAUUAGCUCUUGUAAUGGUUUGGUCUGUUUAGAACUUAAUGGGAGUGAUGUUUGUAUCUGGAAUCCAUCUACAACUGAGUUCAAGAAGAUACAAACGCUGCCGGAUGCAUUUAAGGAGAGCCCGGAAUCAAACCCUGAAUCGAAGCUCAGGAGUGGAAAGGCAUAUACCUAUGGAUUUGGUUAUGAUUCUGAAAUUGGGGAUUAUAAGUUGGUCAGAUUUGAACGCUGGGAAGGUGUCAUGUAUUUUUCAAGUAGUAGCAUCUAUAGGUUAGGAACAAAUACAUGGAAAGAAUUACCAGCUAUACAUUAUGAUGUAACUAUUGGAGGAAGACCUGGGGUGCAUAUUGAUGGAAUUCUGUAUUUUAUUGCAGUUCAAACCCAAAAUCAUGGGGAUGGAUUCAGAUGUUGUUUGCUUAUAUUAUCUUUCAAUGUCUGUGAUGAGAGUGUCGGUGAAAUAGAUCUACCUGAGGGUAUAGUUGGCGAAAUCGGACUUUAUUUGAGUGUGUUUGGGGGGAACCUAUGCCUGGUCUGUGACAUAGUUGGUGUUCGAACUGAUGUAUGGGUGAUGAAAGAUUUUUGAGAGAAUAAGAGAAAUUGGACUAAACUUGUCACUCUUGAUAAAUAUAUAAAGGGGUAUAGUUAUUCAUUGCCUUUACAUUUUUUCAAGACGUGAAAUCCUUUUUAAGCUACGGAGAGAGGAAGUUGAUGACCCUAAUGGUGUAGUUUUAUAUGAUCCGAAGCAUACAAGGGGUGCAGCUAUACUGAUGCGUGGUCCUCAUGAGUCAUUUGGCAUGGAGAGUUAUGUUCCGAGCUUAGUUUCCCUUAAAUCGGGGACUUUUGUGGGGGCAGGGGAAUUCGAGGAAUUAUAAAGCAAGAAGGAAAGUUUGAGGAAGGGUGAUUUCCUGGUUUAGUCACGCUACUUCUGAAAAUGUUUUACUGUUUUUCCUUGAUAGAAUGGAAGUAGUGGGAGAAAUGAAGAUAUGGGAGCCGCAAGCAUUCUGCCAAUUUACUGGGUUUGGUAAAUUUUAAAGGUGGGCGAUCAGAACGAAGCUACCUUAUUUGUUCAAAACAUUUUGAAUAUUAGUGAUUUGUUCACUCGCUUGAUCUGAAUAUGAAUAAGAAUCGAAGUAUUCAACAUGUUUGGGCCCAGGGGUGCACGAUGUUAUUUGCACAAAUUUGGGUAUUUUGGUGUCCACUACAAUCAUUUGACUGGCAUGCAUGUUUCAAGUUUUCAGCUCAUGUGUUUGUUUGAGAAAACAAGUGGAAACGCUAUUGCAAGUUGAGCAUAGGCAAGCUAAAUACAUAAUUUGGCAGCAGUCGAUCAUUUCGUCUACAGUUUGAGUUUGCCUAGAAAACCAUACCCAAAAAUAACAUCAGGUUUUUGUUAUGGAAGGACGUCGAUUAAGAUGAAGAACCUUGUCAGAUAUAUGAUGUAAUAAUAAGAUGAUGAGCUCAGUAUUUUAAUGCAACAUGAACUUGUUUCUUUCU